GAGAGAGAGAGAGAGAGAGAGAGAGAGAGAGAGAGAGAGAGAGCACUGCUAAAAGGACAGAAGAAACACAAUUCUGGAAAAGGAGAAGAUAAUCUGCUCUGAAAACUUUAGAACUUUCUUGAUGUUUCUGGAUGAAUUUGGUUCUGGAAGUUUCUAACCAGACGAACCUUCAAGAGUUGUUACGAGUUUCUUGAGUCGAGACCACGUGUUCACGCUCAAGCAGAGAAUAAACACCUCGGGAUCAAUAAGUGUUAUUAAAACUCCUGUGUUUCCUUCAGUCUGUUUGUGAAAGUUUUUUUUGUUGUCAGAUUAAAAGGUCAGACUUUGUGGUGUAAAGAUGGCCAGCGCUCCUUUACCUGUCACUAAUGUGGGACGCGGCUACACCGUCGUCACUCAAGUUAUUCCCUCAGAAGAACAAAAUUCCACUCAGACACUCAGCCCACUGAGCAAGUUCCUGAAAGGAGAACCCAAAGCUCUGGGGACUGUCCAGAUAAUGAUAGGUUUGUUGACGUUUUUGUUUGGUAUCGUGUUGGCGACCAACUCUCUGAACAUCAGCAUUUACUCUGGAAUCAUCUUCUGGGGCCCGGUGUUUCACAUCAUUUCCGGCUCUCUGGCUGUUUCAGCGAGCAACAAGUUAAACUCCUGUGUGGUGACGGCCACAAUGAUACUGAAUAUUUUUAGCACGGUAUCUGCAGGAAUAACCAUCAUCUUCCUGUUCAUGGCUCUGAUUUUUGGGAGUUAUGGAUACUUCACCUUACAGAGCAUGAGGAAGGGAAUAACUGGAGUUCUGCUGGUUUUCACUCUGCUCCAGUUCUGCAUCUCUAUCGCACUUUCAGCCUUCACCUGCAAAGCCAUCUGCACCAGUGAACCUACCCUGAACAUCAUCAACGUGGUUCAGAACCCUGAGAGUUUUGCUCCUAGUGCUCCUGUGAACAACCCUUUCCCACCUCAUCACACUCAGCAGGGGGUCAAUAUGAUGCACGGCGUCACCAUGGCUACAGCACCCGGGAGAAAUCCUCCGGCGUACAGCGAGAAAAUAUUAAAAGGUCAGACUUUGUGGUGUAAAGAUGGCCAGCGCUCCUGUAUCUGUCUCUAAAGUGGGAAGCGGCUACACCGUCUUCACUCAAGUUAUUCCCUCAUCUACAGCCCCGACUACAGCAGAGCAAAAGUCCACUCAGACACUCUG